AUGGUCAGGGACAGAGACAGGGGUCGGUCGGUCCUCAGGGGUCUGUCGGUGACAUCUCCUGCUGCAGCUCGCCGGCCGGCCGCCAGCUCAGGUCAGCCGUCCCAGCAGGCCGUUGGCUCUGGCAGCAGUUACCAAGGUGACAGCAUGUCAGCGCAGGCCCACAGCGCCGCUGAGGGGAACCCCCGCCACCUGGGGAGCGCACUUUUCCGCAGACUGAGACCAUUAUGGGAAACACUUCGGUCUCAGAUCCAGAUCCUCUUCCUCUCAGACGGGCCGGGGAAGGGCUGGCAGCUGCGUCUCCAGGCCCCAUGUCUCCUGAACCUGCUGGUGCAACAGAAGCAACCACAGCAGCAAGCAGCAAGCAGCAGCAUCGGCUCUGGUCCGUUCAGUUUGACACGUGACUCUGACGUAAAACAACUUCCGCCGGUGACAUUUCCGCUGUCAGCAAAGAUGGCGGCGCCUGGUGUACGCACCGUGGGAAGAGUGAGCUCCUUUCUGGGAAAAUGUGGGAAUUGCAGCUCGAGUAUCAACACAGUCACGUCGCAGCUGAGCCGGCAGGUGCUGAGCAGGCGGAUAUGUGUUAGCUCUGCCCUGCACAGGAAGAACCUGGCGGCUGCAGGACCAGAGAAGUUCUCGGUAGAGUACAUCCAGAAACAGGUGGAGGAGUACAACAUCGGGAAACGACACCUGGCCAACAUGAUGGGAGAAGACCCUGACAACUUCUCCCAGGAGGACAUAGAUAGGAGCAUCACCUACCUCUUCCCCUCCGGCCUGUUUGAGAAGAAAGCCCGGCCCAUCAUGAAGCAUCCAGAUGAAAUCUUUCCAAGGCAGAGAGCCAUCCAGUGGGGAGAGGACAGACGGCCUUUCCACUUCCUGUUCUACACCGGCAAACAGGCCUACUACACCCUGAUGCAUGAAUUAUUCGGCAAAAUCCUGAACAUAGAGAAGCACCAAGACCGCCUGCGAGCCAAAGGACUCUUCUCCAAAGACGUCAAGCAGAUCACUCUGGGAACAAGCAGGUGGCUCCUGAAGGAGGAACUGGACGUGCUGCUGGUGGAGACCAUCUCCGCUGACGAUUACAAUCGCUUCAUCCAGCUGAUGGAGCGUCUGCUGUCGCUGCCGUACAGCGCCACCGAGGAGGAGUUUGUCCUGCGUUACCGUCAGCAGCUGGAGGCUCAGUCCAGGAAGCAAAUGGUGCCACAGCUGGAGAAGGAUGAGAGGGGCGUGGCCUUCAGCACCUCAGAGGGUCGAAGGAAGACGUCGAACUCCUCCGUGGUUCUGAGAGACUCUGGCUCAGGACGGAUCACCGUCAACGGUCAGGAAUACCUGCACUACUUCUCCGUCCUCCAAGACAGAGAACAGCUGAUGUUCCCGCUUCAGUUCAUGGGCAUGCUGGGACGCUUCGACCUGGAAUGCACCGUGAGUGGCGGCGGGCGGUCCAGCCAGGCGGGGGCGCUGCGGCUCGCCAUCUCCCAGGCUCUGCUCAGCUUCCUGUCUGAAGGAGAGAUAGAGAACAUGAGACAAGCUGGUCUGUUGACCCCUGACCCGAGAGUGAGAGAGAGGAAGAAGCCGGGUCAGGAGGGAGCGAGAAAGAAAUUCACCUGGAAGAAACGCUGAGGAGGAAGAAGAAGAGGAAGAGGAAGAAACUCAAAUAUGAAACAUUCAGACUGACUUCUUUAUUCACCUCAGUGAGAACAGAUGCUCUUCAUGUCGCUCGUGUGUGAUUUUAGUUUAUUUAAGGCUCUUUGAAGAACGACCAGCCGAACGUCUUCAUACACUCUCACACGGCUGCCAUGUUUUGAAGAUGCAGGAGCUGCAGUUUGCUCCGUCGGCCAGCAGAUGGAAGUCUGUGUCAAGGAAUGAAUGAACGGGUUGAACAUGUUUAUCAGUGUAUGAAUCAAUAAAUUAACUGUUUUUUUUCUCAUAA